CUUCGUCAACAGAAAUCUGCCGUGAGCCAAAGAAAAAGAACAUGGGAAUCCCCGCAGCUUCAGCGUAAUGUAACUCCAGCGCACCAGCUACGCCCAUCUCCUAAGCCUCCUGCGAUCCUGCAUCGACGCCAAGUCCUACUCGACCGGCAAGCUCCUCCACGCCCGCGUCCUCCGCCUCGGCCUCCUCAACGCCACCUUCCUCUGCAACCGCCUCGUCGAGCUGUACGCCGCGUGCGGCGAGAAGAGGGCGCGCCCCGCAAAGACGUCUACACAUGGAACGCCAUUCUGGGUGCUUACUGCAAGGCCGGAGACUGGCAAUCCGCGCGCCGGCUGUUCGACGCAAUGCCCGAGACGAACUGCUUCUCGUGGAACAACGUGAUUAGCUCCUUAGUCAGAAAUGGGUUCGAACGGGAGGCCGUGGAGGUUUAUCGUUCGAUGAGAUUGGAUGGUUUUGUGCCUACCCGUUUCACUUUGGCCAGCGUGUUCAGCGCCUGUAGUGCUUUGUUGGAUGUAGAGGUUGGCAGGGGGAGUCAUGGGCUGGCUGAGAAGAUCGGUCUUGAGAAGAAUAUUUAUAUCGGUAAUGCUUUGUUGUGUAUGUAUGCUAAGUGUGGGCGCAUUGAAGAUGUCAUUCGGGCUUUUGGAGAUUUGCCUGAUCCAAAUGAGGUUUCUUUUACGGCAAUGAUGCAUGGCCCAGCGCAAACUGAUAGAGUCACAGAGGCUGUUGACAUGUUUAGAUUGAUGUGCAGACAGGGGAUACCUAUCGAUGCCAUCUCCCUAUCAAGUGUUUUGGGUGUUUGUUCUAGUGGGGGAUAUGAUGAAUCUUCCCUAGAUAGUUGUGGUGGUGGGCAUUCGUGGGUACUUCAGGGCCAACAAGUGCAUUCCCUCAUGAUUAAACUUGGAUGUGGGAGUGAUCUUCAUUUGAACAAUGCAAUAAUUCAUAUGUAUGUGAAGAACGGAGACACGAAUAGCGCCGAGAUGAUUUUUAGAAAUUUGUCAGAGAUUAGUGUGGUUACGUGGAAUCUGAUGAUUGCUGGGUAUAGGAACAAAUUUGAAAGUGACAAGGCCAUAAGAUAUAUGCAGAGAAUGCAGUGCUGCGGUUUUCAACUGAAUGAAGUCACCUUUAUAAAUGCGCUUGUGGCAUGUGUAACUUCUGGGAAUGUUGAAAUGGCUAGUCAAGUUUUCGCUGGGAUGUUGUUUCCAACAGUUAGUUCCUGGAAUGUCAUGCUGUCAGGGUAUUUUCAGAGUGAGAACCACAUUGAGGUGAUAAAGCACUUCCAGAAGAUGCAAUUUCUAGGUGUGAGACCCGAUCGAACAUCUUUAGCAACUAUUCUUAGCUCAUGUGCAGCGCUUGAGGUUUUCGGAGAUUGGGAGACAGGUGCAUGCAGCCUCACUAAAGGUUGCCGGUAAUGCAGAUGUAUAUGUUACCAGUGGACUCGUCACUAUGUGCUCAAAUUGUGGAAAGAUAGAGCUAGCGAAGCUCAUAUUGCCUAAAAUACCCAAACUAGAUAUUGUUUGCUGGAACUCAAUGAUGGCAGGUCUUGUGCUUAAUUCCCUUGGCAUAGAAGCUGCUGUAUUAUUUAAUAAGAUGCGGCAAAUGGAGAUGCUUCCUACUGAAUCUUCUAUGGUACUAUGUUGAGUUGUUGCAGCAAAUUUCGUUCUUCAGUUUAUGGGAGGCAGGUUUAUGCUCAAAUAGUUAAAGAUGGAUAUGCAAAUAAUGUAUGUGUAGGAAGCGCUCUUGUACAUAUGUAUUGUAAAUAUGGUGACAUAGAUGAUGCUCAGAGGUUUUUUGAUAUGAUGCCCUAUAAAAACACUGUUACAUGGAAUGAGAUGAUACAUGGAUAUGCACAGAUCGGCUUUGGACAUGAAGCUGUUUGCCUCUUUGAAAAUAUGAUUGGUUUGGGUGUGAAAACAGAUAGCAUUACGUUUGUUGCUGUUUUAACUGCCUGUAGUCAUGGUGGGCUCGUUGAUGCCGGAAUCAGUAUAUUAAAUUCAAUGCAGUAAGAACAUGGUGUAGAACCUCUUUUGGAUCAUUGUGUAUGCAUAAUUGAUCAUUUGGGUUGAGCUGGGUGCUUCAGUGAAUUGGAAGUGCUCAUAGAUAAGAUACCAUAUAGAGAUGAUCCAGUUUUGUGGGAGGUUAUACUUAGUUCUUGCAGGGUCCAUGCCAAUGUGAGUUUAGCAAAAAAAGCAGCUGAUAAAUUUCUCCAUCUGGACCCACAAAAUUCAGCCCCUUAUUUGCUUCUUGCCAACAUCUACUGUUCAUUAGGAAGAUGGGAUGAAGCAAGGGCGGUAAGAAACCAAAUGAAUGAUAACCAGAUUGCCGAAGAUCCAGGCUACAGUUGGAUUGAUAUUAAGCACGAGAUACAAACCUGCCUUGAUUAUAAUCCUGAGGUUGUCAAAGAGAGAAUUGAAGCGUAGCAACCUGUCGAAAACAGAAUGAGGUAACCUGUUCUUCGACAAAUGGCGUUUUCCAAAGAUUUAGCUGGCCAGUGGCCAAGAAGCAUGAGAUGAUUAGAUCAGAUGCAUUCUUGCAGACAUCCAUGCAGAAUUGCACUGAUUUCUAUCCCAAGUAAAUGAGUGUCCUGCGGAAAUAAUGAUCAGAUCAGAUGCAGUCUUGCAGACAUGCAGUGGUCAAUUGCACUGAUCUCUAUCGGCUUCUCCAGAAUUACCUCUAUGGGAAAACAAAAGGCACAGUUGAGCAUGCAGCUAUUCUCUGUUGACAUUGGCAGACGACUUGUCUUCCUUUCUGUCAUUUUGACCUCAUAGAUUCUAUAGAAGCAAGUCAUAUUUUCAUGCUUUUGUCAAUCUGCUCUUUGAUUAUUGUUGGAGAGGUUUACUUGUGAUAGCUGAUGACCAUUUUAUUAUCUCAAAAACAUUUCAGCCUGUUGUGAAGGACAGCUUGAUGAAUAAAGCUAUAGCAGCGCUUAGAUCUGGCCACCUCAGUCUGAAGCUCGAAGAGACUUAUUUUUCAAAUACUGAGAGAGUUUUUCAAAUUCUGAUAUUGGAGGGAUGCAGUCUUGUGGCGCAGCUGCACAAGAAAUGUCUCUCAUUAUUCUGCCUGUGGAUGAAAGAAGUGGAAAACAUACCUCUGGUUGGGUUUAACUGACUCGACACUUAAAUCAAGUCCUUAACCAGAGUUGGGGGCUCAUGUCAUAAACCCUUCCAGCAGGACUGACAGGCUGUGGCACACUUCCAGAACUAGGAAGAGCCACAGUCCUGGUAGCGUGAAGAUCAUCUUGAUCCAACAAACUACUUAGGAUGAAUAAAAGAUGUUAGAAUUAGGAAACCCAUAUUUAAGAAUAAUAGCCACAACAAUGUCAAGUCAUAUUCUGCAGUAGAACAGUCAUGCCAUACAAAGAUUAUUCAUCUUCAAUUUCAGUUCUAAUUUCUAUUCUGAAAAUUGUAUAUCUCAUCCCUGCUAAAUUCUUCCUUUCUAUUUGAAACUAUGACUUAAUGGAAGGGAGCCCUUUUGCUUCUUCCAAAAUCAAUAACUCUGACAUCAUCCUCAAUACAUCACCCUUGAGAAUUCACCAUGAUGAAAUAUUAUUCUGUCAAAAAGUAAGCCUUUAUCCAGUCACCCUGAAGCUCCUUCUAACCCCAAAAACCACAUGAUCUGAUGGCUUUGAGCAUCCACUGUAUUCCAGGACAAGUAGUGAGAGGAUUUAGUUUGAUGGCAUUUGAUGGACUGGUUGAUACGAUACAGCAUGGAGGGAGGGCGAAGCAGGAAUCUUGCCAUGCCUCACAUUUCAGUCAACGGAGUUGCUUGAGGUCAAUUGCCAUGGCAUUUGGUGCUACAGCGCUCUGCCUCAUCCAGCAUUGCUACCUCCUUUUUCAGAGACUGACUCCGUGGUAAUGGAUUUUCUAGUUGCAUUACUCUCCCUUAGUUUUGCUCUCCUUACGUCUUCAUUUCCUCCCCUCCCUCAAUAAACAAACAAUGACUCUUUGGAUGAAGAGACCUUGUUUAUUUCAAGAGUAAAGUUUGGUGCUCUCCA